CGAGUCCCUGUUGCCAUGGGAACGGGGCUUGUUGUGGUUGCCGCGGAAGGCGGCGUGGUGCUGGGUCGGUUCCUUCCAGCGCGCGCGUGAGCCGGGUUCCAGAGGGACCUGCCCCCCUCCCCCGCCCUCCCGGCUUGAGGAAUGAGGAAUAUGAGCAAAGAGCCCUCUGGACCCCCCAACCGAUACGCUUCUUGUGAAUGGUACUACCAUGUUCCACUGAAACGAUCAGAGAAGUCUGUGAAUUCAGAAAUCCCAAUCCCUCCACCAUCUCAGAUCCCAGGUCUGAGCAACCUCAGAGAGCAUCACAAUGAAAUUACAUUUGGGAGCCGCAGGAAAUGGAUCAAAGACACAGACUCAGAAUAUGUAAAGCUGGCAAAGCAAGGAGGCCGACCUGAUUUGUUGAAACAUUUUACACCUAGUACAAGAAAAACAUCCCCAGUAGCUUAUGCUGCACCUGACUGGUAUACACACCACAGUAUACCUCCAACAGAUGAUGAAUCUAAAGCCCAUGUUUCCUCAAUGCCUGACUACAUGGUUCAUGAAGAGUUUAAAUCUGAGCAGCUCAAUGGUAACUAUGAAACAAAAAGAGGGCCUUUUGAUUUUGAUAUAAAAAGUAUUUGGCAGAGGGAUGCUGAGGACAAGGAGAACAAAGAGAAAAAAAAGGAAAAUGUUGCUCAAGUUGAGGUCCAUAUGGGCAACACAAAAGAGGUAAAGCUUCCUGCUAUAAACCCCAAAUACCCAAACCGAAUACAACCCUCUACUGCAAAUAAGGAAUUCCACGGGGUAAAUAGGCUUUACUUUCCACCUAUGCCUGGUCAGAAAAACAACGAACCAGUAAACUUCAGCAAACUGAUUAGCAAUGGUUACAGGGAUGAUUGGAUUCAACAGCGUAAUGACUGGGAGAAAAAGAUUCAGCAAACCUCAAAAAAUAAUGAACAGCCUGAAGAGUCUCUUCUUCCAAGUGAGUACCAGAAGAAAAUAGAAAAGAAGCAGAAAGCUAAAAAAUAUACAUUGUCAUUCAAAAGAAAAACUGUUGCAAAAAUAAAGGAUGAACCCAGAUCUCAAUCUGGACCUGAAAUAGGUGCCCCACCUAAGAAGUCACUCUUCAAACUCAACAUGUUCAGAGACAUCCCAGCCCGAAUUGACUCCAACAGACAACAAGUAAAAGCUGCAGCUUCAGAGAUGUAAUAAAUAUAUUAAUAUUUUAAAAAGAGCAUCAAGAACACUAAAGCAUGAUAUGGCUUAUGACACAGGCUCCUAAGUUUAUAGGUUGAUAUUUGUUAAUUAUAUAUAUCUAACCAUUGUAGUUAAAUUCAUCCCUGGUGCAACUUAAUUUAUUUCAGUAGCUUUACACCAGAGAUGAAAUUAGUUCAGUGCUUCACUCCAGCAAGUUCUACAGUGUAGACAAUAGCUACUGCAGUAUACAUCUAGGUCUGGUUUUAAUGUCAUGUCAGCAUACAAAAUUGAAGCCUUUAUUAUCACUGGUUCCACCAGACUAGUACUACACCAUUACCAUCAAUUUGCCUUUCACUAAGGUUUUGUCUACACACAAAUACUGUGCCAGUAUAGUUAAAGUAGUACAAUCCCCUGUACUCUGGACACAGUUAUGCCAUUAAAGGAAGGGGAAGUAUACUGAUGUAAACGUGUCUACACUAAAGAUUGUACUGGUAUAACUACUUCCAACUGACAAGUUAUACUGGUACAAAAACUCUUAGACCAGGUUUACGGCUUUCUUACAGCACUGCGGCGCUCCAUAAGAGCUGCUACAUAAGAAUUGCUUGAUCAGUGGCAUUGCUGCAGGAACAGGACCAACUCAGCAGAUUCUGUAGCAUCAUGUAUCAUAGUUUUGCAUGUUUUGCAUCACUGGAAGUGGUUCAACAGCAUAAACAAUGAGACUGAUCUGAGCAAUGCAUGCUAUCUGCACUUAAAGCCUUUAAAGUCUUAAUAAUUUUGUAUGUCUUGUAAUUUUGACUGGGUCAACAAAAUUCUAUUUAAUGCUAGAAUUCUGUGUUGGUUCAUAUUAAGCAAAAAAAAGUUAUAUUUUUUGAAAUAACAAUGCAUAUUAAUGGUAAAGAUGUUAUUCUGAAAGCAGGGACGUAUUAAUAAUUUUCAGUACUGCAUUUUCACAUUUACUUUUGUCUGUUUGAAUUAGGGUUUGUCCCUUGAAUCCCAUAAACCAUGCAAACAUUGAAUCUGUUUCAGUAGAUUCCACUAGAGAAUGGACAUAAUUUUAGAUUUGGUUCAUUAAGAAAUUUCUUUUUAUACUUGGGAAAAAAAACCCAAAAAUUGUUAUUACAAUUGAAAUGUUUAUUUGGUUAUUUCCUUUUCAGAAUAUAUUCACCAUUCAUUGUACAUCUGUUAAUCCAAAAUUAAAAGUUUUAAGUCCUAUUA